CAUAGGUGUAUUUUGAUGCUACAAACAAGAGGGCAUAUCAUAGCGACGUUCUUGUGUCUAAUUCUGAGGAGAAAAAUACGAGAGAGGCAUCAAGGAGACAGCGCAUACCUGAGGGUGUACUUAGUUUAGUUGAUUCAACGAUAAGAAUGUCAUUGACGGAUUUUGAUGUUCCAGACAACAGUGCACAUUGUGUAAGGGAAUAUCAGAGUGGCCCUAUUGUGUUUAAUUCAGAGAAGAAAGAUACGGGAAAGGGAUUAAACAGAGAAUGCUUAACUAAGAGUGCACUUAGUUUAGAUGAUUCAGCAAAACCAUGGCCGUUGCCGGAUUUCGUUGCUACAGAAAACACUGCGGUGAAGGUCUACGCCAGACGGGGAAGGGGUUGUUGGCAUCCAAUGGGAUUCAAACAACGGACAACGUUGGAGGAGUUGGGAAUGGACCCGGGAAAUGAGGGCAUAAUUUCUGACUUGUUGAGAUUUGUGAGGGAUAAGGAGGAGUUGUACAAGGACGCAGGCAAGGAUUGGAAGAGGGGUUACUUGUUGUACGACUCUCCUGGUACUGAUAGAUCAAGCUUAAUCGCUGCCAUGGCGAACUUUCUUGAAUUUGACAUCUAUGAUUUGGAUCUUACGGGUUUGACCUCCAUCUCAGAACUGACGAAUGUGCUGGUCUCCAUCAGGAAUCGCUCCUUAAUUGCUAUUAAAGAUUUUGAUCUCUGGUUUGCGAUGCUUCCCAAUCUCAAGAAUGAGUUGACGUGCUCAGGUUUGUUGAAAAUCAUUCAUGGCUUGUUGUUGAGCUGUGGGGAUGAGCGGAUCAUCAUACUUACCACCAACCAUGACCACAUAGACAGUGUUGACGCGGCUCUACUGCGCUCUUUGAACAUUGAUUUAUACAUUCACACGUCUUCACCUCAGCCUAAAGCCUUACCACAAGGAGGAGAGAUUGUGCUGCUUGAUUCAUCAGAACAAAAGCCGUCGGUCGAUUUUUAUCCUACAAACAACAAGGCAUAUUGGAGUGACGUUCUUGUGCCUAAUUCAAAGGAUGAAAAUACACGAGAGGCAUCAAGGAGACAGUGCAUGCCUGAGCGUGUACUUAGUUUAGUUGAUUUAACAGAAAGAAUAUCAUCGAUGGAUUUCAAUGCUUCAGACAAUAGGGUACAUCUUGUGAGGGCAUAUCAGAGUGGCCCUGUUGUGUUUAAUUCGGAGAAGAAAGAUAUGGGAGAGGUAUUAAGCAGAGAAUGCUUAACUAAGAGUGUACUUUGUUUAGAUGAUUCAAGCAAACAAAAAUCGUUGUCGGAUCUUGCCGUUACAGGGAAAAAAAUACAUCUUGUCAGAGCAUAUCAGAGUGGCUCUGUUGUGUCUCUUUCAGAUGAUAAAAAUAGGGGAGAGGUAUUAAAGAGAGAAUGCAUCUCUAAGAGUAUACUUGGUUUAGAGGAUCUUCAACAACAUUCUGGUGGUAGACGUGAUGAUGCUGCAAAGAGCUUUUGCUGAAUUCACACGGCAGAUUCCUUUGCACGGAUAUCGUUCGAAGUACUCGAAACUCUUCCGACCCGGGAACAGCCUAAUGACUGUGUACCCUUACUGUCACUGAGAAGAUUAACACUUGAGGAUUGUGUACAACAAGAGAAAUC